CUCUUGUUUUUCAUAAUAAUUGUAGAUAGUAUUCAAGUAAAUUAAGUUGAAAAAAAUUCCAUUGAUAAGUAUAAAUAAUGGGUUUUUAUGCAUAGUUAUUUUAUCACAACUUUUUGUCGUUAGUCAUAAAGAUGAAGUAUCCAGUUGUAUUUUUUGGGCUAGUCUUAGCAUUGGUUCUGAUGAUGGUGAAUGUCGCAGAAGGAGACGGAGGAAGAAGAAGAGGACUUGGUCGACUUAGGCUAGGACGUAGCCGCGGUGGUGCAGAUGAAGGAAACGUUCCACAAACAUGUGGUAGUUUUGGUCGAAUGGCCAGCAAUAGUGGCUAUGAUGUUGAUUCACUCACUAAUCAUUUUGAUAAUAUGGGUGUUAAUUCUGGAAGUUCUGGAAGUUCAUCAAGUUACCAUGAUGACACUUCAACAUCUGGAAGAGAGCACGAACCACCAAUGACCAAAAGACAAUACAAGGAACAGAUGCAGUUUCUCCAGAAUCAAAAAAUGGCAGUACAAGCGCAAUUUGAUGCACUUGCUGAUGCUGAGAGAGUACUCCAAAAAUUAAUCCAAGAUCCAACUAAGUGGAGUCAAGGGAGAGAAAAGAUUGAUAAUGCAUAUGCGACAAAUCAACAAACACUAAAAAUUAUUAAAAAAGAAUUUGAAAAAUUGAAAGCAAGAAAACCUGAAUAAAAAGGAAGAAGGCAGGACAAGAGGCACAAAAGAUGCAAACAUAAUUCAUAAUUUUUUAUGUUCAAUAUAAUUUUUCUGAUUUUAUGUAAAAAACUUUUUCUUGUGAAUGAAUUCACAAACUUAAUAAAAGUGAUCGAAAAAUA